AUGAGUGACAAAUCAGAGAGUAUAAAGAAUGAUGAUAAGGAGGAGAAGGUGGAGACAAGUAAAUUCAUAAGGAAAAUGGAUGACGUAAAGUCGAAUACAGAAAAUAAGAAACGACCAGCAGAAGAUGAGACGUCCCAGCCUGUCAAGAAAUCCAAAGCAAAGCAGGAGACACCACAAGCAGAGACACCGAAGACAGAGAAACCAAUAGCAGAGACAUCGAAGACAGAGAAACCAAUAGCAGAGAAACCGAAAUUUGUUUUUGGAGCCACUACUCCGUUUGGAAAAGCAGGAGGAUUUGGAGGAUAUGCGAGUAUGAAGUCCGAGAAGGGGAUUUUCAACACUGAAACAGAGAAGAAAGGCAAGAAUGAAGAUCAGCAUAACAAUGAAGUUAGUGGUGGCAAGAUUUUUGGCAGUGGAUCGACUUUUGGUAAUGCAUUCAAAGAUGCAGUAAAAAAGAAGUCUAUUUUUGAUGAAUCUUCAAAGAAGGAGACUUCUCAAAGUAAUGAAGAUGAAUCAUCGGAGACCCAUCUGGACUCUGUUUAUCGUACUAUUCAUCUUCAGAAGAAAGAUAUGAAAUCAGGAGAAGAGGAGGAAAGUACAUUGUAUCAAGUGAAGUCUAAACUCUACAGAAUGGAUCUCACUAAGAUGUCAGAAGGAUGGAGAGAAAGAGGAGCAGGAAUGCUCAAAGUAAAUCAACUCAAAAAACCUACAGAAAGCUACAAGGCUAGACUUAUUAUGAGACAAUCGGGAAAUCUGAAGUUGAUAUUGAACCUUCCAAUCGUGAAGAAUCUUGAAAUAUUUCGAGGAAUGACGAGUUCGUUUUCUGGAAACAAGUUUAUUCGAGUUCAAACUGUCGAAGAAGGCAAACCGAUACAAUACGCACUGAAAAUAGGACAAGUCGAGAAUGUAUCGUUGAUGUACGAAACAAUAAUGGGAGAAAUUCCUAAGGAGAAGGAAGAUAAAGAGUCGGGAGAAACAAAGUCUUCAAAUGCAUAA